UUCACAUAGGCGCUAUAUGGCUUACUUCUCUUACACGCUCUAUUUUUCUUUAUAACUCACUCUUCUUAUCUUAAUGAUAAUUUUCCCUUUACAGCUAACAUUCUUAUACUGAUCUACUAGACACUCACCACAUCCAUACAUGCACGACAUUGCAUCAACAUACCCUAGACACGUAUAAUUUACUUAGUUUGAUUAUACUUCUCAAUAAAUUUGAUAUUCUUUAUCACUGUUUCUUGCCUCCUUAUUAUGUUAUGGUGUAAACGAGCCUACGCCGUAACAUAAUUUGGGGUUCUCGUCCGCGAGCUUUAAUUGGUUGAAAUCUGGAUCAUAGACUCACGUGUUUCCAGGUGAGAACGUCCUUUGAUUGUUUGUUAGUUAGCAGUAGGCUCUGGCAAGUCAGUGUGCUCCAGCUGGGCUCAUCGCCUUUCCGUCGGUGUACAAUUUGUUGUUUUGUUUGUUAUGUUAGUUUGUUGUUUUUGGGGACAAUUCUGGCCCGGAGUUCUAAAUUCCUGUCAGGGAUACGCUUCGAGCAGUUUAACUGUUGCGAGUUCAGCGUUAAUCAGCCAUCCCAAGACCGGCACGUUCCUGAAGACCUAGCGAGGUGAGUUAGCUGCCUAGUUCAGUAAUUAGGAGUCAGAGGCCUGCGUCAUCCACACAACUACCGUGGAGUUUAACGGCAGUCAGCUGAUGGUCUCACCUGGAGGUCCUGUUUUGGUGGGACGGUGAAGCAUCCUCCACUGCCUUAGCAAGCCUCUGUGAAGUCACGGGUCAUGAUGAUGCGCCAAGACUGAAAAGCAUAAAAAAGUUAAUGGGACUCAACAAACACCAAACAGCAAAGAGCCAGCAAACAACCUGAACAUAAACACAGCCAUACCAUUUCACAGACCUGCCUCCUUCACAUCAGCUGUCAGGAACACUUAACAAUGAGGCCUUGGAGAUUGGCUUGGCUCUGACAUCCUCUGAGUGUGCUUGUCAAUUAAGCCCAUUGCCAAAACUCAUUUUGAGCCGUCCAGGUGGAGGCCACCAUUGAACACUCUUCUUGCUUGGGGCUGAGAACUGAGCAAUGGCCAUGGUGAGAGGGGGGUGGGGAGAUCCCAAUGGUGAAACCAAUGGACUGGGGGAUAAGAGCUACCUUAGAGGGGAGGAAGACGACGAGUCACCCCAAGCGGGGGGCAGUGACUUGGAGGGGGUGGACGAUGACAAGUCCUGUGUGGUGGACUGCGUGGUGUGCGGGGACAAGUCCAGUGGCAAACACUACGGAGUCUUCACCUGUGAGGGCUGCAAGAGCUUUUUCAAGAGGAGUGUCCGACGCAACCUUAAUUACACCUGCAGGUCAAACCGGGAUUGUCAGAUUGACCAACAUCACCGUAACCAAUGCCAGUAUUGCCGACUAAAGAAGUGCUUUCGGGUGGGAAUGCGUAAAGAAGCAGUCCAGCGCGGACGUGUCCCCCCGUCCCACCCCAGCCUCAGCCCCUCUGCUACACCUGUGGGCGGCGGCGGCGUCAUCGGGUUAGGGGGCGUCGGAGGAGAUGGCGGCGGUGUGGGCGACUUUUACAAUGGCCAGCCCGUGUCGGAGCUGAUCUCCCAGCUGUUGAGGGCUGAGCCGUACCCGGGCAGCCGCUACCCGCACCAGUACAGCCAGCAGCUGCAGGGCGGCGGUGGCGGCGGCGGCGGCGGUUCGACCAUGGGCAUCGACAACAUCUGCGAGCUGGCGGCGCGUCUGCUCUUCAGCAUCAUCGAGUGGUCGCGGAACAUCCCCUACUUCCCCGAGCUGCCCGUGUCGGAGCAGGUGGCGCUGCUGCGGCUCAGCUGGAGCGAGCUGUUCAUCCUGAACGCGGCGCAGUCGGCGCUGCCGCUCCAUACCGCCCCGCUGCUGGCCGCCGCCGGCUUCCACUCCUCGCCCAUGUCCGCCGAGCGCGUCGUCUCCUUCAUGGACCAGGUGCGCGUCUUCCAGGAGCAGGUGGACAAGCUGACGCGGUUGCAGGUGGACACGGCGGAAUACAGCUGCCUCAAGGCCAUCGCCCUCUUCUCCCCAGACGCAUGCGGCCUGACGGACCCAGCACACGUGGAGAGCCUGCAGGAGAAGGCCCAGGUGGCGCUGACGGAGUACGAGCGCAUGCAGUACCCGAGCCAGCCGCAGCGCUUCGGCCGCCUGCUGCUGCGCCUGCCCGCGCUCCGCGCCGUGCCCGCCUCGCUCAUCUCCCAGCUCUUCUUCAUGCGCCUGGUGGGGAAGACGCCCAUCGAGACGCUCAUCCGAGACAUGCAGCUCUCGGGCAGCUCCAUCAGCUGGCCCUAUGCCCCCGGACAGUAGACAAAGGGGCACA